CCUUUCUCUAAUAUCUCUGCUCAUACUCCAGUCGCCAUAUUGGGCUGCAACGACCCAUACUUGAGUGAAUUCAGCUAGUUCUGGCUAGUGAGCUGCUGCAUAGUGUACCUUGGAUGUAUUACAUUAUAUUUAUUUAAAUGGCGUUUCAGUGUCAAAGGGACUGUUACAUGCAAGAGGUAUGAGGGAGAGAAAGUAACAUAUUUGUUUACCUUGUGCUUUUUUAAAAGAGAAAGCAGUCAGGAGCUUGCUAGCUGAAAGGUUCCGAGCCGACAUUACAUAGCCUAACGUUACAGCUAGCAUGAGCUAGCUAACGUUCUUACAGUAACUUGUACUAUUUUUGUGUGUAGCCUACUUUAGUUAGAUAGUAGUUGACAGGCAGAGUGAAAUAUUGUUUACACGAUGUCUAGUCUUCCAAUGCCAUGAUGAAAUGUCAAUCAAAAAGCACGUUAGUCACGUGCCUUGUAAGAAUUCGCGGACGAGUAGGUUAAACCAACACUUCCCUCCGUAUUAUUGGCCGACGUGCAAUCAUUGGAAAACAAAUUGGACGAUCUACGAUUAAGACUAUCCUACCAACGGGACAUUAAAAACGGUAAUAUCUUAAGUUUCACCGAGACGUGGCUAAACGAAGACACGGAUAAGAUGGAGCUGGCUGGCUUCUCUGUGUGUCAGCAGGACAGAGCAGCUAUGUCUGAUAAGAAGAGGGGCUGGGGUGUGUGUCUAUCAAUAACUGCUUGUGCAAGAUGUCUAAUAUUAAAGAAGUCUCGCGGUAUUGCUCACCAGAGGUAGAAUACCUAAUUAAAAGCUGUAGACCACACUAUCUACCAAGAGGGUUCUCAUCUAUAUUAUUCGUAGCUCUAUUUACCACCACAAACCCAUGCUGGCACUAAGACCACACUCAACAAUCCGUUUUACCUCAUGUCUACCAGCAUGUCACGUGUAACCAGAGGAAAAAAACUCUAGACCACCUUUACCCCACACACAGAGACACAUACAAAGCUCUCCCUCGCCCUCCAUUUGGCAAAUCUGACCAGGAAGUAAAGCAGGAAGUACCAGUGACUCGCUCAAUAUGAAAGUGGUCAGAUGAAGCGGAUGCUACGCUACAGGACUGUUUUGCUAGCACAGACUGGAAUAUGUUCCGUGAUGCAUUGAGGAGUAUACCACCUCAGUCACCGGCUUCAUCAAUAAGUGCAUCGACGACGACGUCCCCACAGUGACCGUAUGUACAUUUCCCAACCAGAAGCCAUGGAUUACAGGCAACAUCCGCACAAGCUAAAGGGUAGAGCUGCCGCUUUCAAGGAGCGGGACACUAAUCCGGACACUUCUAAGAAAUCCCGCUAUGCCCUCAGACAAACCAUCAAACAGGCAAAGCGUCAAUACAGGACUAAGAUUGAAUCCUACUACACCGGCUCUAAUGCAAUGCUCGUCGGAUGUGGCAUGGCUUGAAAAAUAUUACGGACUACAAAGGGAAGCCCAGCCGCAAGCUGCCCAGUGACGCAAGCCUACCAGACGAGCUAAAUGCCUUGUAUGCUUGCUUCGACGCAAGUAACACUGAAGCAUGCAUGAGAGCACCAGCUGUUCCGGACGACUGUGUGAUCACGCUCUCCGUAGCCGAUGUGAGCAAGACCUUUAAACAGGUCAACAUUCACAAAGCAGCGGAGCCAGACAGAUUACCAGGACGUGUACUCAAAGCGUGCGUAGACCAACUGGCAAAUGUCUUCACUGACACUUUCAACCUCUCCCUGACCGAGUCUGUAAUACCUACAUGUUUCUAACAGACCACCAUAGUCCAUGCGCCCAAGAAAACAAAGGUAACCGUGUGGUUACCAGGAAAACAACCUCUCCCUCAAUGUGAGCAAGACAAAGGAGCUGAUCGUGGACUAUAGGAAAAGGAGGGCCGAACAGGCCCCCAUUAACAUCGACAGGGCUGAAGUGGAGCGGGUUGAGAGUUUCAAGUUCCUUGGUGUCCACAUCACCAACAAACUAUCAUGGUCCAAACACACCAACAUGGUCGUGAAGAGGGCCCGACAACACCUUUUUUCCCUCAGGAGACUGAAAAGAUUUGGCAUGGGUCCCCAGAUCCUCAAAAAGUUCUACAGCUGCACCAUCGGUUGCAUCACUGCCUUGUAUGGUAACUGCUCGGCAUCUGACUGUAAGGCGCUACUGAGGGUAGUGCGUACAGCCCAGUACAUCACUGGGGCCAAGCUUCCUGAUGUCCAGGACCAAUAUACUAGGAGGUGUCAGAGGAAGGCCCAAAAAUGGUCAAAGACUCCAGUCACCCAAGUCAUAGACUGUUCUCUCUGCUACCGCACGGUACCGGAGUGCCAAGUCUAGGUCCAAGAGGCUUCUAAACAGCUUCUACCCCCAAGCCAUAAGACUGCUGAGCAAUUAAUGAAAUGGCCACCCAGACUAUUUACAUUGAACCGUUCAUCCACCCCCCCCCUAUUUUUGUACGUUAUUUUAUUUAGUAAAUAUUUUCUUUACUCUAUUUCUAGAACUGCAUUGUUAGUUAAGGGCUUGUAAGUAAGCACUUCACGGUAAGGUCUGCACCUGUUGUAUUCGGCGCAUGUGACAAAUACAAUUUCAUUUGAUUUGAAAUCAAGCUAGCUAACAGCUAGCCAUAGACCAGACUUAACUGACAUGGGUCUGCUUGCGUUUAUGAUCCCAACACACAUGCUCAUUCAAUGGCAUGUUGUCAUUAGUGAUUGCACAUUGGCAAUGAAAUAAAGAUUAUGCCAGAUUUGUCAUUGACAACUUUCUGUAAGCAGUAGCCUAAUAGUGGUUAGCUAGAUGUGUGCAUUUGCUCAGUUUUUCUGCUUCAUGAAAUUGAAUGUAGUCCUGUUUUGUAGCCCGAACAGCCGCAAGUAGUUGCUGUUUCAUUCUUAGUUGUCUUUUGAUGUAUGAUGUAACAGCUAGCUACUACCAAAGAUACUGAUAACUAAACCAAGAUAUCUGUGCUACCAAAUAUACCGGUAACAAGCUUGUUCUGUCUGUGCUACUACCAGCUGUUGUUCGGGCUAAAUGUGUUUCCAAAUGGCGGAGUCAUUGACUGAGUACAUUUUCCUUGGCAUAAAUUAGGUGUUUUCAACUGACUGUCAUCAAAAUGUUGAUGAUGGCUAAUUGUCUUUCUCUCCGCAGUUUGUCACCUCAGUGGUGGCCUGCUCACCAGGUGAAAUGAAACAAGAAAUCAAUGGGAAGAAAGAAACCGUUAAAGGCUUCAAUGUCAAGCUCCAAGACACCAUAUUGUUUCCUGAGGGAGGUGGUCAGGUAAAUACAGGAAGGCCAGAAUGUUCACUGAACUACCCCUCUCUUUCUGGUGACAUUAGGAUGUGGUCAGUGUUGUGGUGUGCUGUAAGUGGUAGAACGCAGGCUAACACCUAGUAUCUUCCAUCUCCAGCCAGAUGACCACGGACUGAUUGGAGAUGUGCCGGUGCUGCGGGUGACGAGGCAGGGAGCUGAGGCUGUGCACUUUGUGAGUUCAGCCCUUGAGGUGGGCCAGGAGGUGCAGCUGAAGGUGGACUGGGAGCGCAGGUUUGACCAUAUGCAGCAACACUCAGGUAAGAGCACGGACAAGCUUUACCGUAUGUGCAGUGCAGAACUGUACAAUUCAGCUUCUCAGAAACAAUUACAUGUAUUUAUGGAGUAUGAUUAAGCGGUACAUUCAGUGUAGCCUACUUGAAGGUACAGUUGCAUAAAUCCUGACUUGUUUUUACUUGGUCCUUAGGGCAACAUCUAAUCACAGCUAUUGCAGAUUCCAUGUUUGGGUACAAGACCACAUCCUGGUAAGCAUGCAGAAAGCACAUUGAUUUCAGUGCCUGCGCUUGUACAAAAAAAAUAAUGCAUUGGUUACAAUUUUUGCAUCGAUCUUUCUCAUUCAUUGGCAUGUUCCAGGGAGUUGGGGCGUCAGCGCAGCACCAUAGAGCUGGACACUCCCUCCAUGAAACCUGCCCAGAUGGAGGCCCUCGAGGCAGCAGUCAAUGAGAAGAUUCGUGCUCAUGUCCCAGUCGCUGUUCAGGUCCUCUCCUUAGACGACCCUGCAUUGGAAAAGGUGGGCAUCAUUCAUCUCGAGUAAACACAAAAAAAUGCACCAGAGAAAAGAUUGUCAGUAUAAUACAAUACAGGUGGCUAUGUCACUAUGCACUAUUUCUCCAUAUUUCACUUCACUUCAUAACAUUGGGACUAUAAGGUUCUGUCUAACAUUUUGGUAAAAAUGAGUUAUUUGCAUAGAAUUGCUUUAUAGGUGGUCCUUUACAUGUGAGAUACUUUUGUAUAUAUAGAACACCCCUUCAAAUGAGUGGAUUCUGCUAUUUCAGCCACACCUGUUGCUGACAGGUAAAAAUCGAGCACACAGCCGUGCAAUCUCCAUAGACAAACAUUGCCAGUAGCAUGGCCUUAAUGAAGAGCUCAGUGGCUUUCAACGUGGCACAGUCAUAGGAUGCCACCUUUCUAACAAGUCAGUUCGUCGAAUUUCUGCCCUGCUAGAGCUGCCCUGGUCAACUGUAAGUGCUGGGUUUGGCGGAUCCCAGGAGAACGCUACCUGCCCCAAUGCAUAGUGCCAACUGUAAAGUUUGGUGGAGGAGGAAUAAUGUUUUUCAUAGUUCGGGCUAGGCCCCUUAGUAUCAGUGAAGGGAAAUCUUAACGCUACAGCAUACAAUGACAUUCUAGACAAUUCUGUGCUUCCAACAUUGUGGCAACAGUUUGGGCAAGGCCCUUUCCUGUUUCAGAAUGACAAUGCCCCCGUGCACAAGGUGAGGUCCAUACUGAAAUGGUUUGUUGAGAUCGGUGUGGAAGAACUUGACUAGCCUGCACAGAGCCCUGACCUCAACCCCAUUGAACACCUUUAGGAUGAAUUGGAACGCCGACUGCGAUCCAUGCCUAAUUGCCCAACAUCAAGUCCCCGCAGCAAUGUUCCAACAUCUAGUGGAAAGUCUUCCCAGAAGAGUGAAGGCUGUUAUAGCAGCAAAAGGGGGACCAACUCCAUAUUAAUGAGAUGUUCAACAAGCAGGUAUCCACAUACUUUUGGUCAUGUAGUAUAUGUCAGAUUUGUGGAAACAUUUAUGAUGAAGAAAAUGAACCAUCUGAAAAUUCUGUCUGCACAAACACCUUUUAACUUUGUGCUAUAAGGUUCUAUCUGCAAUCCAAUCACACAAUGCUGGGUUGUCAAUCAAAAGUAAUGAAAGGUGAUAUACUUAUUGAGUCAUUAAAGACAACGACAUCACAAAACAGUUCUAAGAUCUGGGACUUGAAAAAUACUCAAAAUACAGUACAUUUUGCAGAACCUUAUAGUCCCAAGUCCUUGAUUAUUCAUAUCAUAGGUUCUGGUCCUCUUUUUCUAUUACUAAGAUUGGCCAUAACGUAAGCUCUUUAUGGUAAAAACAAAUAAAUACAGGUGCCUUAAGAGCAUGUUUAAGGCCCUUGGGAGAGGCAUUGCUGUUUUUGUCUUGUUCUAUAUCAAUACGAAAACCUCCAUGGAAGGGGUAUUUCACUAAAAUUACAAACUUACCACAUUUUAUUUAUAACUAGCAAGUAUAGUUUACUUACUUUGGGUGUCAGAGACCAGAAAAAUAUAUCAGUUUACUCAUCCAGAGCUAAGCUUUAGCAAUGUUGCUAGUUAUCCAUAGGACAUUUACAUUUUAGUCAUUUAGCAGACGCUCUUAUCUAGAGCGACUUACAUGAGCAAUUAGGGUUAAGUGCCUUGCUCAAGGGCACAUCGACAGAUUUUUCACCUAGUCGGCUCGGGGAUUAGAACCAGCAACCUUUCGGUUACUGGCACAACGCUCUUAACCACUAAGCUACCUGCUGUGUAUUUGUCAUUUUAGGGAACCAUCGCUUCAACAAAUGUGUGAUGAACAUGAAUUAAUAUAUUUGCUGAUGUGAUUAGAAAGAAGGAAAGUUAUUCUCAUUAUUUAAUCAUUAAAUGUCUGUACUUUUCUAUUGAAAUUGAAAUAAUUUUAACAUUCUGUGCCACAUAGAACCUUAUGGCUGAACCCAGAUUGACAUUUCAGAGCCAUAAGGUUCUAUCUGCGAUUGCACCACCCUAAAAAAAAAAAACGUAGUAUUUUUAUACUCUGCACUUUAGGUACCUUUAAGGUGAGGACCUUAAUGGGUUAUGAAAGAAGAAUUCACUGCAAAACAGUUCUGAUAUCUGGGAUGUGAAAACUUUGAUGCUCAAUAUCUCAGAACUAUGCUUUGCGCAGAUAGAACCUUAUCGUUUCGAGUCUUGCCAAAGCUGUAUUGACUUGCCUUGUGAUGUAUUAACCCAUGAGCUGUGUGUAAUGACUACUGUAUAUUUUAACUCGUCGUGUUGUAUAUCUACUAGGUGAGGAGUCGUGGUCUCCCGGACGACGCAGCGGGGCCUAUCCGGAUCAUCGACAUCGAGGGCGUUGAUGCCAACAUGUGCUGUGGGACCCACGUGUCCAACCUCAGUCACUUACAGGUGGAACCUCAGACCUUACACAACUCUCAAACACGGUCAACUUUACAGUAUGAUGUUAUGUUUAUGUCCUAACCACACCGCCUCCCCUACUUUGCUGAUGGGUUUGUCGUGGAAAUUCUACUUUAACAAUGAGGAGAGACAAGGGCAAUCACCAAUCAGGAUAUUAACUUUAUUAAUAAGGGAGCAGGUCACACUAUACACAAAUGAAUAGAGUGAGUGCUCUGCAAUAAUGAGGCUGGUUGACCCAACACUCUUGAGUGUUGGGCAGAGAGCUCUGACAUACAGAGGUCUUAUAUAGUAGACCUAUAAAUUCUUAGUCAUGGCUGGUUCCACCACAACUGUCUCAAUGUGUCGAACCAACCGAUAUCUACCAGAAGAGGUGGACAAAUAUUCUGUCCUCUGUGUUCUCUUGCGAGUACUAAGAACUGUUUGUUCUUAGAAUAGAGGAUAAGGAGAGACUUCGUUCGGAACAGAGAUACCUUGUAUCCGAACAUGCAAGUUUCAGAGUACAGAGGGUGGGGGUAAGAACACGAGAUGUGCACAGCCGUGGUGGAUUAGGUAUAGAGUUAUGUUAAAACAGCAAUUUACACAACCAGAGUAACAGGAUUGUACACACAUAUCAUUUAUAUUAACCUUAAAGUAAUGCUAAUACACAUUUUGUCUCUCACAGGUUUAAUAUGUGGUACUAUGUAGCUCACCUCUUAUUUUUUAUGUGGCUUAAUAUGGCUUUAUGGAUGUAAUGCUUCUCUCACUUUUGACAGAUUGAAUCUGAUGUGUUUUAGGUCAUAAAACUCCUGGGGACUGAGAAAGGAAAAAAGAACAAAACCAAUCUGUUAUUCCUAGUGGGCAACCGGGUCCUGAAGUAUGCUGAGAAAAGCUACAGCACAGAACGCUCACUGGUGUCCCUCCUCAAGUGAGUUCCGUAAAGCAAUGCUGAAUGUAGCAAGAACCUAAUAUGCUGUAAAUUAUAUAUGUAUAUAAAUUAUAUAUAGUGAUUUAAAAUGCUAUACAUGUUAAGAAAUAAAUGUCUCAAACACUUGAUUUGACUGUUUGACAGAACGGGACCAGAUGAUCAUGUUGAUGCAGUGGACAAGAUCCAGAAGACUGUUAAGGGGCUACAGAAAGUGAGCUACGGAAAACCUUCUGUUGCUCUGAAUUUCCCUUAUUCUGUCUUCAAUUUAAUCAUUAACCAAACUCUGUUUUUAUUUGACAGAGUAACCUGGGCUUACUGAGAGACAUGGCUGUUCUAAUUGGCCAGAACUUCAAGAGCAACCCAGAGAGAGGCAACUUCUUCACCUUACACAAGUGAGGGUCUCGCCACACAGAGGGCGGCAGGUAGCCUAGCAGUUAGAGCAUUGGGCCAGUAACUGAAAGGUCGCUGGUUCGAAUACCCGAGCCAACAAAGUGAAACAUCUGCCGAUGUGCCCUUGAGCAAGGCACUUAACAAUAAUUUGCUUCAGGGGUGCCGUACUUCUAUGGCUGACCCUGUAAAACAUUUCACUGCACCUAUCUGGUGUAUGUAACAAUAAAAACAUAUUAUUUUUCUUUACUCCUAUUUUUGAUGGACAGAUGAUAUGACUGGGCUGGUAAUCUGUCAUUGAAAACUUUCAUCAGUUUAUUAAAAUAGUCAAGAUAAUUUUUUCUCUGUUUAGGAAAGAGGGUGACAAUGAGUUCAUGAGCAUAAUAGCCAAUGAAAUAGGCACUGAGGUAAGAUUAUUACUCUUUUUUUAUGUUCAGUGUCUAAUAUUCUUUAGUGAAAUGCAUCUACGGUAUACUGUAAGUAGCAUUGUACCAUGACUGAUUACAUUGGAAAUUGAGAGUUGUUCUGGUGUGUUCUGAAUACCUAAUAAACCCUAUCCCUCCUGUUUCUUUUGUCUCGUAGGAGACGUUGGUGUUCCUGACUGUUGGAGAGGAGAAGGGACCAGGGCUGUUCCUGCUGGCAGGACCCAGUGGGAAAGUGUCUGAACUGGGACCACGGUAAGAACUGAAGGGACUCUGCAUUUGGAAAUCCAUUUGAUUGGCGCCUGUUCAGGAGCUUGGAUGUUUUGAGGUUCGACUUAUGUAAAGUGGGUUCUUGCAGUGAAUUAGUAACCAAGCCAGGUGGCACACUUGUGCAACAACAACAAAAAAUAUCAUGGGAAAUUUGCAGAAAAAACUAGGCAAUGUCCCUAACUAGUCAGUAUUUCAAAACCGAUUUCAAACUCAAACGCUUUGUCUGAAAUGUAUAACAACUUGGUGCUGUGUCUGUAUUGCAGAGUGCUGGAGAUGCUCCAGGGCAAAGGGGCUGGGAAGAACGGGCGCUUCCAGGGCAAAGUCAACAGCAUGGCACGCCGAGGGGAAGUGGAGACCCUAAUACAGGAACACUGCAAGAACGAGCAGUAAUGGAUGACUGGAGUGUAUGAACACCUUCCUAAUAUUGAG